GGUAAUGCACCAUCGGGUCCAUUGGAGAACAAUAAAUAAAUAAUAGAGGGAAGAGAGGGAAGUUUGUUUCCGAGCGUGGUUUACGGCUGCUAUUUUAGGUUACAAAUUAGAACGUUUCUGGAUAUUAUACUAAAACUAAACUUAGGGAGAAUACACUGUUGGUAUUAUUUUCAAUUAUCCCAGGGGGACAUAAUCCCAGUAAAGGCAGUGUGGAAAUAUACAGAGAAGAAGAAGAGGCACAGGAAGAAGCAUGGCUGUAGACAUGCGAUUACCGACUGUUAGCAAAACGGUAUCUUUAUCAGUCUCUGCCUUCGACCGAAAAGAUCUGGUCGUCCCCGGAGAUGUUAUCACUUCAGACACCGGUUUCAUGAGGGGCCAUGGAACUUAUGUUGAUGAAGAGAAGUUGACAGCUUCUGUCGCCGGAGAGGUGCAGAGGGUGGACAAACUGAUAUGUGUCAGGCCACUUAAGACCAGGCAAGUUAUGUCUCCUAAACCAUUUAAUGGAGAGGUCGGGGACGUUGUUGUUGGCAGGAUUACAGAGGUACAACAGAAACGGUGGAAGGUAGAGACUAACUCCAGGCUGGACUCGGUGCUCUUGUUGUCAUCCGUCAAUUUGCCCGGGGGAGAGCUGAGGAGAAGAUCAGCAGAAGAUGAGCUCACCAUGAGGGAGUACCUUCAAGAGGGCGAUCUCAUCAGUGCGGAGGUGCAGUCUGUCUUCUCAGAUGGAGCUCUGUCACUUCACACUCGCAGUUUAAAGUAUGGAAAAUUGGGUCAAGGAGUGCUGGUACAGCUUUCUCCUUCUCUGAUCAAGAGGCAAAAAACACAUUUUCACAACCUGCCAUGCGGUGCAUCUAUCAUCCUUGGCAAUAACGGCUUUGUGUGGUUAUAUCCCACACCGGAACAACAGGAUGAGGAAGCGGGAGGCUUUUACACCAGUCUGGAGCCUAUUAGCCUGUCAGAUCGAGAGGUGAUUUCCCGGUUGAGAAACUGCCUUCUGGCCUUGGCUACUCACAAAGUCCUGUUGUACGACACCAGUGUUCUCUACUGCUAUGAAUCCUCCCUCCAGCAUCAGGUCAAGGACAUCUUGAAACCAGAGGUGAUGGAGGAGAUUGUGCUAUUGACACAACACAAGCUGUUGGAACAGGAAGGUUAAAUAUCCUGAAACUUAAAUUUGAAACCAAUAUUUCAUCUGGCAGCAGUGUGACGGGACCACGGACAAGACCACCGAAUACAUAUGCAGGGACGUAAUUGUCUUUUUUUCAGCCUAAAUGAGGCAACCAUGUUGUUUUUUUUAAUAUUAGCCAGAAAUCAUCCUUUUUUCCUGCUCUUGAAAAGGAUGAGUUUUGUCAUAACUCUCUCUUGUAAUUAGUUAAAGAGUUGCUCAUUAAACAAAUUAGUUAAAUCAGUUGUCUGUAACAUAAUUUCUGUAAUAUCUUUGCAUUCCUACUAAUCACAGUGUGGUCUUUAUUAAUAUUGGUUAAUGUAAACAGUUAAGACUGUUUGUGCCCGUCAGAACAGCUUCCUAAUGUCCCCCCUUCCCCCCAAAAAACAAAAAAAUAAAGAU